AUGCCUCCCCGACUAUCAAUUCUGAGCGCUCUUCGCGCCUCAGUCGAAUCGAUCAAUUCUCGAGCAUUUUCUUCCACCGCCGCUGUCGCCCUCCCCCCUCGGGAGGCCCCAUCCGCUCACCCACAUCAUCCCACCAGCUCACAACAGCCCUCGUCGACAAGCAGUCUGUUGUCUCUCAACCGCCCCAAUCGUCGAAUCGGCCCCAAAGAUCGAGGAGCCGGUGUUAGCGUCGCUGAAAAGAUGGUGAGCCGAGCCAAGGAACGCGCUGAGGCAGAUCUCCAGGCCCAGCAAGCCAACCAAGAUCUGCGACGGGAGGAGCAGCUUUCCAAGGCAUAUCUGCGGGAGAUGCCACGGUUUUGGAAGGUUGGAGAUGUCUACUCGCCCCACGACUUGAGUCCUGUAGAGAUGCAGAAGUGGCGUCGCAGGGCGGAACGUCGUGGUGAUAUUAUCGAUGCACUGGGCAUCAACCCUCUUGACAUGUACAAGAACUUUUCUGCAAUUGCCGAGUUCACGAGAUCCUCAGGCCAGAUCAUGCAUUCCAGACAGACAGGCCUCCGACCGGUCAACCAGCGUAAGCUCGCCAAGAUGAUCCGCCGGGCACAGGGAAUGGGCAUCUACCCCAGCAUUCACAACCACCCUGAAAUGAUCAGGGACCAAUUCUAUCCCCCGGGCCUAUAA